UUGUUUAGUAAAUCGAUCUAACGAGGCUCCCCCAACACCACCAAAAGCAUUGUCCAAAGUGAAGCUUUUGACAUGUUAAACACUUCAUGCACUCGCAUUAGCUCUCUGUAACAGCCUAAAUAUCAUAUCAUUGGCAUAACAUUUUUGUUGACACACGCUCGUUUGGCUUUUGGUGGAUUAAUGAAAAUCGUUGUUGGACGUGGAGAAGAGACACUGUCCCAGGACGACUUUAAGUAGAGAUAGCCAGGCAGGGAUGAAGUUUUCUCCAACUCCUCUUCCUAAAUCCUUGUUGGACAUGGAUGUAGCCAAUUACUGCGAGGGCCUGGACCCGACCUAUAGCACACUAGGCUUUGAGAACGCAGAGGUGCUUUAUUGUGGGGAAAACAUGCCGACAGAGCCCAACAUCAGUCAAGGAGAAAAUGGCGUGAGCUCCAACUGCGCGAUCUGUGGGGACAAAGCCACAGGUAAACAUUAUGGCGCCUCCAGCUGUGACGGAUGCAAAGGCUUCUUCCGCCGCAGCAUCAGGAAGAGUCAUGUCUACUCUUGCAGGUUUAAUCGUCAAUGUGUGGUUGAUAAAGACAAAAGGAACCAGUGUCGCUUUUGCAGACUUCACAAAUGCUUUCGAGCUGGAAUGAAGAAAGAAGCUGUUCAGAAUGAGCGGGAUCGGAUCAGCUCACGGAGGACCAUACAGGACUCACAUGACCUACCGCCGAUCACAGCCCUCGCUCAUGCUGAAGCCCUUUCACAACAGCAGAUCACGGCCGCCAGUCCAAUGGGCCCUGCUGAUGUUUCAGAGAAAAAAUCUGCCACUAUCAGUGACGUCUGUGAGUCUAUGAAGCAACAGCUGCUUGUUCUGGUAGAGUGGGCUAAAUACAUCCCAGCCUUCGGCGAAUUGCCACUUGAUGACCAGGUUAGUUUAUUACGAGCUCAUGCUGGCGAGCAUCUUCUGCUUGGUGUGGCUAAGAGGUCAAUGUCAUACAAAGACCUCUUGCUUUUAGGUAAUGGCUGUGUCAUCCACCGAAACUGCCCUGAGCCGGAGAUAGGCCGCGUAUCUAACAGAGUCUUGGAUGAACUAGUUUUACCUUUCCAGGACAUCCAAAUCGACGACAAUGAAUACGCCGCUCUAAAGGCCAUUGUAUUCUUCGACCCUGACGCCAAAAGCUUAAGAGACCCAUCUAAGAUCAAGGCGAUGCGCUAUCAGGUUCAGAUGAGCCUGGAAGACUACAUUAAUGACCGGCAGUAUGAUUCACGCGGGCGAUUCGGGGAGCUUCUGCUGCUGCUUCCGACUCUGCAAAGCAUCACCUGGCAGAUGAUUGAGCAGCUACAGUUUAUCAAGCUCUUUGGUCUGGCUAAGAUUGAUAACCUGCUGCAGGAGAUGCUUCUCGGGGGUCUAACCACGGAGCAACCUCACUUACAUCACAAUGGUCACCCUCAGAUUCCUAUAACAGGACAAACUAUAGUCAUUAGCUCCAUACCAGGACCUGCACAUCCACAGAUGGCAUCCCCAGAAACCCCUAUUCCAUCUCCCACUUCAGUACAGAACCAGGAGGCCUUCAAACCUUCCGGCAGCCCUGCUCUCCUGCUGCCUCCACAGCCCAUGCCAAACAGACCCUCUCCGGAGCCCCCGCUAUGAGUCUCCUCUUUAGUGCAGGUGUGUUUGUAGAUGUGUAAACCCUUCCCCACCUCCAGCGCUUCAGAACUUUACAAACAAAUUCCAAAUUUGCUGUCAAAGUGGACCGUCAUGAAUUGAAAAGUGAUUGUUUCGUUUAGGAUAGUUGGAGAGUUUUAGGUUUUCUGCGGUUUCUGUUUAUCAGCUGACUGCUGGUAACCUAGAGGAUAUGCAUUUAUUAAUGACAAAAUAUUGUCAGUUACAAAACAUUUUUUAUUGUAUUAAUGAAAAGUAAAUCAAGAAUUAAUUUAUUAACAAAAUUAUACUGUAAAACAGUAAAGAAAUGUUCAUUUGUGGCCUUAAACACAAUAAACAAAUUAGUGCUUGCGUUGUUUUUAUUAA